AUGUCUAACUAUUACCAGGCUUCCUCGCCGCCCACCGCUAACCGUGCGACAAAGCCAGGCUUCAGCCCCUCAGCCUCAAACGCCUACAUCGCCAACAACAACAGCUAUAUCGCCUCCCCCUUCGACGACGAUCCUGUCCCCCAAUCCGCCUACAACCCUUCCCUCUCCUCUCACUCCACCGAAAAAGACCCUUAUACCAACCCUUACAACCCUGAUUACAUGCCCACAUCCGCCUAUUCUCCCAACAACAACAACAACAACAACAACAACAGUAGAGAUCUGGCUGGAGACCAGUACCAAGGAGGAAGCUUCCACCAGUCUUCCCUCCACUCGACUCAGGAACACGCUCUCUCGCCUUCGUUCAAGGAAAAGUCCCUUGCCGGUGGUGCUGCCGUAGGUGGUGCUGAAGCUGGUGAACAGACCUAUGCUAUGCAUCACCUCAACCAGAACGACUCUUACAAUCACAACGCUGGUGGAGGAGGAGGGUACCCCUUUGGAGGCAACAACCCCAACGCGGCCAACAGCAGUAGCAACUAUGCCCAAGCCAACCCUCAAUACUACAACGGGUACGACGAAGAACGCCCUUCUAUCUCCAACGACACCUCCCCCAUGCGACCCCUCAACGGCCCCGAGGCUGGCGGCCUCACCCGCGGCAAGUCGGGAGUCACCCGUCUCAAGUACGGAAAGGAGAAAUCAAAAUACCUCCCCUGCUUCCCCUGUAUCCGCUCGACCUGCGGACGCUUCACCUGCUGCUUCUGUCUCAUCUUGCUCCUGGGCAUCAUUGCGCUUGCCGUUGUCAUCGUUACAGUUUUCAAACUGCCCAAGGUCGACUUCAAGGGCAUGCAGGGCGAACCUGUCUUCUCCUAUAACCAGGGCAGCACGACCUUUGCGGUCAACUUGACCGCCAACAUUGAGGUCCAGAACCCUAACCCCAUUGGAUUCAACUUUGAGUCCAUCACCGCCACCGCAUACUACCCAGACUACGCCCCAUCAAUCGGAGGCGGUUCCCUCCACGACGUCAACUUCCCCUCAAAAUCAAACAUCACCCUCCAUUUCCCCAUCGGCGCCUCGUACGACCGUCUCCAAGACCCCGGCUUCACCGUCAUAAAAGACAUCAUCACCCGUUGUGGUAUCGCCGGCGGAGAUGCCACCAACAUCGCGAUUAACUACGACUUGAAGUUGACGAUCCGGAUCAUUGGAAUUGCGAUUAGUCCUACGAUCAAAAACCAGCAUGUGUCUAUUCCUUGCCCCAGUGAUAUUGGCAAUAUUCUGAAUGGUAUCCCUGGUGGCGCGGGGGCUAUUGUUGGAGUUACCACCAAGUAG